AGUAACUCCUCUCCAUAAUAUUUGACAGCUUUCGAUUCCGGCGGUUGACCAACGAGAAUUCCGGCGGCCGUGAGUCUCACUGAAAUCCGCUCAAUUCUACUUUUCUGCUGACUUCAGUUCAGAUAAGUGAGAGAUGGCUACGAAAGCUAACAAAUCAAAUGCUGUUGCUAAAUCCAGUAAGGGAAGGAAGAAGGAGACUGGUCUGGGUCUUACUAAUACUAAAGACGGAAAUUUUGGGGAGUGGUAUUCUGAGGUUGUUAUAAAUGGUGAAAUGAUUGAAUACUAUGAAAUAUCUGGCUGUUACAUCCUUCGACCAUGGACAAUGGCCAUUUGGGAGAUAAUGCAGAACUACUUCGAUCCGGAAAUAAAGAAAAUGAAGAUUAAACCUUGCUACUUCCCCCUUUUUGUAUCCAAUAAUGUUCUACAAAAGGAGAAGGAUCAUGUGGAGGGUUUUGCUCCUGAGGUAGCUUGGGUCACAAGAUCCGGUGACUCUGAUUUGGAAGUUCCUAUUGCCAUCCGCCCAACUAGCGAAACUGUCAUGUAUCCAUAUUUUUCUAAGUGGAUCAGGGGACAUCGUGACUUGCCCUUAAAACUUAAUCAAUGGUGCAAUGUUGUUCGAUGGGAGUUCAGUAACCCUACUCCAUUUAUCAGGAGUCGCGAGUUUCUUUGGCAAGAAGGGCACACUGCUCAUGCAACAAAGGAGGAGGCAGACAUUGAGGUUCUUGAAAUUCUAGAACUUUAUAGGCGACUGUAUGAGGAGUACCUGGCUGUACCUGUUGUGAAAGGAAAGAAGAGUGAACUUGAGAAAUUUGCUGGUGGUCUGUAUACAACCAGUGUUGAGGCCUUCAUUCCAAAUACAGGUCGUGGUGUACAGGGUGCAACAUCCCAUUGCUUAGGCCAGAAUUUUGCUAAGAUGUUUGAGAUAAAUUUCGAGGAUGAAAAGGGAGAGAAGGCUAUGGUCUGGCAGAAUUCUUGGGCAUACAGUACUAGAACGCUUGGGGUGAUGGUAAUGGUGCACGGUGAUGAUAAAGGCUUGGUCCUGCCUCCAAAAGUUUCAGCAGUACAAGUUAUUGUGAUUCACGUGCCUUUCAAAGAUGCAGACGUCAAAGAAAUAAUGAACGCCUGUUCAGAGACUGUAAAAACUCUAUGUGACAUGGGUAUACGUGCGGAAGCAGAUCUCAGAGAGAAUUAUUCUCCUGGGUGGAAGUAUUCUCACUGGGAAAUGAAAGGUGUCCCCUUGAGGAUUGAAAUAGGACCUAAAGAUCUUGCUAAUAAACAGGUGCGCACUGUUCGUCGGGACAAUGGAGCAAAGGUUGAUGUUCCUAUGGCGGAAUUGGCUGAUAAAGUGAAGGUUCUUUUGGAAGAUAUUCAGCAAAACAUGUUCACCGUUGCUAAGCAAAAACGGGAUGCAUGUAUUCAAGUUACAAAAACCUGGGACGAAUUUAUUGUAGCUUUGGGCCAAAAGAAGUUGAUCUUGGCUCCAUGGUGUGAUGAAGAGGAAGUUGAGAAGCAAGUGAAAGCCAAGACAAAAGAAGAGUCGGGAGCUUGUAAGACGCUUUGCUCUCCGUUUGAUCAGCCUGAAAUGCCUGAAGGCACAUUAUGCUUUGCGUCAGGAAAACCUGCUAAGAAAUGGACUUACUGGGGACGAAGUUAUUAAGAUCAUCGAUCAUGUUAUAUUCAUGUCUUUUAUAACCAUAUCUAACAUUUGAGAGAUUUUAUUUUCUGGCUCAACCCUUCACAUUACAGUUGGUGUUAUGUGUUUGAAAAAUUGAAACAUUAGCUGCUCAUACUCUUUGGGGUUUUGAACCUCUUAAAUGGAAAAUACUUGUUUGGUACUGUUACACUUA